AAUCAUGUGACUAGGCUAAGCCACUUUAGUAAGUCAUGGUAUGAUUACUCACUACAUUAGAUACGAAGAAAUAGCCCACAACAAAUCCACAUUUCUCAUAAUAACCAUGAGUAGUGCUUUUAAAAAUUGCCGAACGGUAAUGGUGACAGGAGCCAGCCGAGGCCUCGGUCUGCGAGUUGUGGAAAGUCUGGUGGCAGGGAACUCUGAUCCGGACAAGAUUAUUAUUGCCACGGCCAGAAACCCGAGCGGGGCCCAGGAACUCCAGAAACUAGCUGAAAUACAUCCAAAUAUCCAUAUAAUAACACUUGAUGUUGUCAGUCAGGAGAGCAUAGAGAAAGCUGCACAAGACGUUGACCUGCUUGUUCAGGAGCUGGGCCUCAAUUGUCUAAUCAACAAUGCUGGAAUCAAUGUUGUCGCCAAUUUUGAGACAGUCACGGCUGAGAAGAUGUUGGAGAACUUCCACACCAACUCUGUGGCCCCCCUUAUGAUCACUAAGGCUCUCCUACCCCUGCUGAAGAGGGCAGCUGCCAAAGGCACGGGCAUGGGCAUCCAUAGAGCUGCGGUCAUCAACAUGACUUCCUUGUUAGGGUCAGUCGAGCUCAACUGGGGUGACCGGGCCAAGAACUUCAAGUGGUAUCCUUACAGAACAUCCAAGAGUGCUCUGAACAUGGUGACCCGAUGCAUGGCAGUGGAUCUGGAGGCUGAUGGCAUCCUGUGCAUGGGCCUCCACCCUGGCUGGGUACGCACUGACAUGGGCGGACCAGAGGCACCUUUGAGUCCAGAGGAGAGCAUAUCUUCUGUGUUGUCAGUAAUUGGUGGAUUGACUGAAAAGGAUCAUGGGUCAUUUCUACACUACACCGGGGAGCCACUACCCUGGUGAUUGGAAUAUCACCAUGAAUGAUUUGAUAAGUUGUUGGUUUGCACAUGUUUAUGCUUUGACUAUGCAAAGUUGAAUGUACUACCUAGAUAGCAGUUUUGCAUGAAAAAAAUGCAUCAUGUAAUGUUCCAUAUGACAUUGAUUUAUUUGCUGUAACACUGACACUGUAUGCCUAGCCUAUGUUAUUAAAACGAGGCAAGUUAAUUGUUCUGUAGGCCUAUGUGUAACAGGUUGAAGUGUCGAGGAAGCAAAUAGUGGACAGUCUUUUGUUUGUCUUUGAAGGAAUUUGUUCUUUCAGCCUAGGAUAAGAGUAUUUGAAGAGUAUUAUGAAGAUGAUUUAUUUGUGUCUUUAGAAAUAUAGUAACAUACAGUAUCCUGGAAAAUAACAUUUAUCCUCUGUUAUUUCCCCUAUGACGCAUAGUAGGAGUUUGUCUGAUGUUAGCUGAAAUAAAAGUUAUGCACACAAGUGUUGAGAAAUGAGGAACAAGGAAGUGGGUGGAUAUGUGCUGCUGCUCCAGUUUCAACUGUUCUGCCUUAUUAUUAUUUGACCAUGCUGGUCAUUUAUGAACAUUUGAACAUCUUGGCCAUGUUCUGUUAUAAUCUCCACCCGGCACAUCCAGAAGAGGACUGGCCACCCCACAUAGCCUGGUUCCUCUCUAGGUUUCUUCCUAGGUUUUGGCCUUUCUAGGGAGUUUUUCCUAGCCACCGUGCUUCUACACCUGCAUUGCUUGCUGUUUGGGGUUUUAGGCUGGGUUUCUGUACAGCACUUUGAGAUAUCAGCUGAUGUACGAAGGGCUAUAUAAAUAAAUUUGAUUUGAUUUGAUAUUUUAAAAA